AUGGAACGUUCCGAAUAUGGAAUUGUCGCGGUUUUUCACAGCGGUUUGUCGAAAUCAGACUUAUAAUUCGAUUUUCGAUUUCUAGAUUGUUUUAUCGAAACAGAAAGUUUCUCGAUUACAAUUUCGCAACUUUGGCGCUCCAAUCAUUGACGGCGACUUUUAUAUCAAAGUUGUUUCGGAGAUUUUUUUUUAUUAUUUAAAUGUUUUUUAGAUCCCCAAGAUUCGAUUCACCAUAAGUGGCGCUUAUAAGCGCCGCUUUCUUUUCUUCAAGACUUACGGCGAUUACGAAGUUGCCGUAGAAGCCAGUAUAUCGUUGGGAAGGUUGAUUCCGAUUUCAUACCAUGGCCUGCCGUUCAUUGAUACUCAGAUCGAAUGGUAAGAUUGUGGAAAUCUUCAAGUUUUCUCAAUUAGAUGGAAAAAUUUAAAACAAAGAAUAUUUUUAUUCGUUUUCAUAAUUUUGAAAUUCACUUUUCAGCACGAUGAACUUUGAAGUUGAUGAACCAGUGACCCGUGGCUGGUUCGUCACGGGGCUGAUUGGAAAUGCGGUUCGGUUGGUUUUGAAUUUUUUUGAACUUUAAAAAUGUAUUUUUUUCCGUUUGAAAAAAAUCAUUUUUUUCAGAAAUAACAUCAAGACGACGCUUUGCAAUCAAAUGGUCGAGACUCUAGAUGACGUCAUCCGCGGUGACGUCAGCAAGUUGGAACUUCAUUUUCCGGUUGCUGAAGGUGGGCUCACAUGUGCUGUAAAAUGUAUUAAUUUUUCCGAUUUUUUUUCUCAAUAUUCUCAUUUUGUGGAUUUUUCUUACCUAAACUUUAUUAAGAGAUUCUUGUUUUCAUUUUUUUUUUUUUGAUUUAUUCGAAAAUAUAAGAUUUUAGAAACUUCAGAGGGGUCCCUUUAGGGGCGCGGGCCCUUGGAAACUUCGUUCCGGGGAUAUUUUUACCAACUCUUAUAGUGACCACUAAAGCUUGCAAAACACUAUAGUGGUUUUCAGUUAGUGGCACUCAUGGUCUAGUGGUCCCUAUAAGGUUUUUAGCUAGUGAUCCCUAUAGGGGACAUGCUAGUGAUCUCUGUAGAGGUUUCAGCUAGGGGCCCCUUUAGAGAAGCAUUCUAGUGGCUCCUAGAGGGAAAAAAGGUACCUUCAUGAUGAUAUUUCAAGUAACGUUGUUUAGAACUUGAGCCCUGUCCAAAGCGACGCUCGUUGAAAAUAAAACAGAGCACUUUCGCCCUAUUGUCAUUCGAGCACACUUUCUCCUUUUUUUCUAUUUUCUAGUCAUUUUUUAGAGAAACUGUGCUUCAAAUUUAUCUUACAAAAAAAGGGUGAUGAAAAGGUCUUACAAAGAUGAUGGAAGAUUCUUAAAGACUUUCUUUCCGUUCAGAGUCGACUUCGCUGGACUACCGUCUGGUUCGACCUCCUUUCAUGUUGCCGCAGAACGACGCUCGGUUCUACCUCGACGGCACCGCGAAUCACACUGCGAACAGGCCUCGGAUGGCCCUCUCGGCCUCCGGCGGCAACAUGACCGGCCGCGACGUCGCCUUCCACGUCUACGAAGGCCUUCUGACCGAAGUGUCGCAGUCUCUCUGCGAGAAGGGCCUUCUCGAUGGGUGAGAAAAAGUCCUUUGAUAAAUUUAGCCUUAGUUUUGGGGAAUCUUGGACCGCCAGGAAAAAGGAACAAAAUUAGAAAUGGAAACAAAAAAGAUUUUUUUUUAUAAAAAUAGAUCCCUAGAGGGGUUUAGGAUCCGACCCUUUAGCCACUAAAGCUCAAGUGGCCCCUAUAGGGGUAAGAGUGAAAAAGAGCAUCUAUAGGAAGGGAGGCCAAAAGUGGUCUCUAUUAGGUUGAAAUCAAGGUGGUCCCUAUAGCAGUUUACAGUCUCACCCCUUAGCCCCUAGAGCUUAAGUGGUCCCUAUAGGGUUGGAAUCAAGGUGGUCCCUAUAAGAGUUUACAGUCUCACCCCUUAGCCCCUAGAGCUUAAGUGGUCCCUAUAGGGUUGGAAUCAAGGUGGUCCCUAUAAGAGUUUACAGUCUCACCCCUUAGCCCCUAGAGCUUAAGUGGUCCCUAUAGGGUUGGAAUCAAGGUGGUCCCUAUAAGAGUUUACAGUCUCACCCCUUAGCCCCUAGAGCUUAAGUGGUCCCUAUAGGGUUGGAAUCAAGGUGGUCCCUAUAAGAGUUUACAGUCUCACCCCUUAGCCCCUAGAGCUUAAGUAAUCCCUAUAGGGGACUUCCAACUUCAUUCAAAGACGCUUGUUUAUUUAUUUUUUGCGUGAAAAGGCUUCUUCGCAUAGAUUACAUAAAAAUUAUCAUUUAGCAUGUCCUCUAUAGGGACCACUUUUGCAAGAUUUAAAGACCCCUAUAGUGAUUGGUAAAGUGGACCCCAAGGUUGCUUUUAUAGGGACCACUCUGGAGUUCCUAAGUUAUAAGGGUUUUUUUAAAUAUAACAAGUAUGGGACCCUUUAAGUUGGCCCCUAUAGGAGCCAUUCUGCUAAGAUAUUAGAUUUUUUUGAAAUCAGGUUUUUUUAAAGCACCUUUCACCCAAGUUUCACUAAACUCUCCAGAGAACCCUUUCUCCAUUUUUUUCCAGAAAAUUAAAAGAAAUAAAAAUUUUAACAUUCUUCUUUCAUUUCCAGAAACUUGACUUCUCCUGGCAAGGACGAAGUGAGCUUCCAAUGCAUUUUGGCGGAGAUUGACAUCCAGAAUCAGAAAAGUGAUCGUCUUUUAUGAAGAUUUCAGAGGAGUUUCGAUUUUCAGACACUCCUCAUGUUUACUUGAGUCUGACUGGGUCGGAAUUGUACGCCGAUGGCCGGGACGUCGUUCAGAGCCGGAGUUAUACCUUGACGCCCUUGCAGAAGUGAUUUUUUAAGUUUUUACCGAGAAAAGUUAGUUUUUUCAGCAGCGAAUUCGCAAUAAUGUUGCGAAUAAAAGCCCAAAUCACUGACGAAUCGAUUGAUGCAACUUUCAAUAAUGAGGUUCGCAGUAUCUCAAGAAGAAUAAACAUUUGAUCAUCUCCAGAUCCUGGCACUGAUCGCCAAGGCGUUCCGCAACAGCAUGAACGUCCCCCUGCCAUUCAUCCGCAACGCUACCUUAACCGACACGUUUUUCCGCUUCGAGACCCACGCCUUCAUCAUCUACGGAAAUGUCGACUUCAGCUGA